GCUCUCAAGAAACAUGAAGUCUCUUAUCUUCUUAGCCAUAGUGGUUCAAGCACUCGCUGGACCAUUUGGCAAACAUGAAAAACCCCGCCCUAGCUUUGGUCCUCCACAUGAUCCACGUACUCCUAAACCUUCACAUGAAUCACCCACUGGCCUUGUCCAUCCUUCUGAGCAUCAUAACCUAACAGGACAAUCCCCACAUGAUAACCCUUCCCAACCACGUCAUCCAGAAGGUUUGGAAGGUCAUCCAAGGCAUAGCAGACAAGUCUCAAAAAAAAACCAACCCAAGGGCACACAUCCACCUGCUGGAGGUCACCGACCCUCUAAAAAACCACCUACUAUACGUACACCACAAAACAAACCUGGUCAGGGUCCUAGACCUACACCCAAACAAAAUGAUGCAAAGAGUCAUCCUACAGCGGCUCCACAUGUAGCCCACACACAUCCAAGUGCUGCAAGCCGACCUCAAAAUCCAACCCACUCAGCUAAGAAUACACAAAAAAAACUGGGACAAAAAAACCAUAAAGGAUGAAAGAACAACUAUGCAGUGCCCCCAUAAAUGUAACAGCAAAC